AAAAAAAAAAAAAAAAAAAAAGGAAACUUUCUUGUUAAAUUAGGUACUAUCCAUAAAUUUUUUCCUUCGAAAUGUAAAUAUUAAUAAUUAAUAUUAACCGUAGAAUUCAGAAAUAGUUGGCUUGUAAAGUAACGCUUUUAGUUUUUAAAUUACUGUUAUAUAGUGAGUCGAACAACCUCCAAAUGGUUAAAAAAAAAAGUAAGCAGUUAAACAAUCAAAUUGACAAUGGAACUAAUAAGCCUUUUCAUGGAUCAAUUAAAAAAUAUUGUACUGAAAAAAAUAAUUUCAAACAAUAUGAAGACAAUUUACAUUUAUACAACAAAAAUAAGGUUCAUAUAAAGGAAACUACAGCAGUUAUUAACAAUGAAGAUGGUAAACAUUUGUCAAAUGGUGAUAAAAAUAUAAGUAAAAAAAACUACCGUUCAAAUGAAAAAAAAAAAAAAGGGUCUCAUAAGCCAUAUGAUUUGAUUCCACGACUAAAUAUAGAGCAGUAUAGCAACAACAAAAAGGCUAAUAAUAAAACUAAAUCUGUGGAAAUAUUUAGUAAAGAAUGUAACUUUGAUGAUGAAACAUAUUUGAAUUCAUUCACACAAAGAAAUGAAACUCAGACAAAUGAAUAUCUUGUGAAAGACUACCAAGUAACGCAUUCUACUAUUAAAGAUCUAUCCAUAUCUGUUAAACGAUUUUAUAAAAAUAAGAUUCCAUCUGCAACUAAUGAUGUUGACAGAAUCAACAAGGAUAUGCCACUUAUUUCGGAUACUACUUUUAACUCCAAAACUGAUUUUAAUCAAUCUCCUAUGUCAUCAAAAUUGAACAGCAGCCAUAAAAUAAGUUUAAAUUUGAAGUGUAUAAGUAAUACUAAUGAUAAGCAACAAAAAGUUACUGCAUUUUUUCCUAUUCGAAGAAGCUCUCGAAAAACAAAAAAUAUAGUAAAUGAAGAAAAACAAUUAGCCUUAGAAAAAGCUAUUGCUUCUCAAAAUGAAGAUGGAUUAAAAAUUACCAUGUUUCCUAAUAAAGGACGUGGCAUAAUAGCUGGUAGAGAUUUUACACGUGGUGAAUAUGUUGUUGAAUAUGCUGGAGAAUUAGUUAAUUUAGAAGAAGCUCGGAGAAGAGAAAGUAUUUAUUCUAAAGAUACCUCAACUGGUUGUUAUAUGUAUUAUUUUAAAUAUGGUUCUAUUCAUUACUGUAUUGAUGCAACAACUGAAAGUUCACGACUUGGCAGACUAGUUAAUCAUUCAAGAUUUGGUAAUCUUGGACCUAAAGUUAUAGAAAUAUUAGGAUUACCAAGAAUUGUAUUAAUUGCAAAAUCUGAUAUUAAAGAAGGUGAAGAACUCACUUAUGAUUAUGGUGACCGUAGCAAAAAAUCUCUUAUUUAUCAUCCUUGGCUUGCUUAUUAAAAUUAUUCUUUAAUAUAAAUAAAUCAACUAUAAUAUUAUUCACUGCCAAUAUGAUAUAAGACCAAUAAGUUAAUUGGCUCUAUAGAUUUAAAUUUUUUUAAUUUGUAUACAUUUUUCUUUUUUUUUUUUU